AAUCUUCUACAAAAUUCAGAAUUCUUUUUCCCAAGACUGGUUUUCUUUCCAAAGUGACUGAUAGGAAGCUCCUUUACUUUACAGAUACUUUGUUAUUUUUCCUUCUCUCAUCUUCAAGUGAGAAUUAUCAGUGUAUUUCAAUGCUGGGGGAUUGUGCCCUCCAUCAGAUACUUUCCUAUUUUGGUCAAUACCAAGCUAGAACCUCAAUUUGAAAGGUGGUGGGUUGUACUGAUUCUUUUGGGGGGUGGGAGGGUAACUCGUGAAAUAAGCAGUCCUUCAGUGAAAAGCACUUCCAUUUUAUAGGACAAUUAACAUCUAACAACAUAUGUUCAGCCCCAUGCCUGCUUCCCAGCAUCUGGAUGUCUCAGCUCCAUCUGGAAUCUAAUAAAGGAACAGAGCCUCAUAAAUCUAACACAGAAAGCAAAAUGGUGUUUAUACAUUUAUGACAGCCAUAUAGAGAUGCAUUAAUUCUAUUUGAGAUCACAAAUGUGUAAAUAUGCAGCACUCCUCUGGUAGCCAUUGCAAGCACUAUUGGCUUUGAUUUAGAAAUAGAGAGCAUCUGCAUAGGUUGAAAAGAGGAAAUGAUACACAAUCAGAGGUCUCCCUUAUAGCAGUAACCUUUCAGGCCUGCUAAGGAUGAUAAGCAAGUCUGAUCAACGCUGUCAGCAUAAGACAACAGCACUCGGAGGAUGCCUCUCCACAUGUACCAUAUGCAGUCCUGCAGCUGUAAAUUACUUUCUCAAAAAAGAGGCUUGUAUGCCAAAACAUACAUAAGAUCACGGCCUCUUGUCCUUUGAUAACCCUGUACUGUUUCUUCCACUUAUUUCUCUUGCUUGAGAUGCUCACUCAGUGGUUUUCUUUCUGGAAUGCAGCAUGCCAGCAGUGCUUGUUUUUGUUAUCCUUGUUCCCUCUUUUCCCUGCUCCAGGGGAAGUGCUAGCAGCCCCGCCUCAUAGGUUGGUAGGAAUUUUAAACCAGCAAUAAGCUGCUCCUCGGACCACCCCCAGACUUUUUUUUCCUCUCAUUGAUGCAGACGACUAUUUAACUGGGGGUUGACUUGUCAAAUUCACCCACUGAUGCUUAGCAGGAGCUGCCCAGCCAUUGACAAGAAUUUUUUCCUCCUUGCCUCCUCCCCUGGACAAGCUCCCUAGGACGAAGAUGCUGCUGAGCCUGCUUGCUCUGCUCUCUGCAGCCCUGCUAGCCAGAGCAGCCCCUCCAACUUGCUACUCCAGGGUGUUAUCUCUGAGCAAAGAAAUCACCGAGUCCUUCAAGGAGCUGCAGACUUCCAAGGCUAAGGACUCAUGUGUAGAGAUGCUGCCCAGGCUGUACUUGGACAUCCACAAUUACUGUGUGCUGACAAAACUCCGUGACUUUGUGGCCUACCCCAGAUGUGAGAGAGUGCUGGAAGUGAGUGAGCUAAAGGAAAAAGCCCGGAGCCUGUACACCAUUAUGAUCUCCUACUGCAGAAGGGACUUGGCAUUCCUUACUGAUGACUGUAACGCUCUGGAAAGUCCCAUCCAAUCUUCCAUUGAGUCCUCUGAAGAUAUUGACAGCUAAAAUGGAGUCAGCCACAAAGUCGUACCUGGGACGUUUUCAAGGAGACCAGGAGUCAAGAUGCAUAUAACACUGUCAGCUACAGCACUAGACCUUUUCUGAGCACACUAGCAAUAUUGUCUCAGACCUACCCAUUUUUCUCAGCCUUGGCAGGAAAUGAACCGCAUGCCUUACAUACCUGCAGAGCUGCUAGGGAAACUAUGGUUAGAAAGCAGUUUUUUAUUUGGCAAGGUAUGAUAUUUCAGCUUAGCCAAAUGUAUAAAGUAUGUUUUGUUUGAACACUAGGUACUAGAUUUUUAAACUCUUCUAUGAAUAACUAGAUUAAUAGAUCAUACUACAUUUUCUAUAUUCUAUCCUAAGAAGUUAUUUUAUUAGAUUGGCAUGGAAGGGACUUUGUUUCUCUUAAAACAUUUGAUAGAAGUGUGAUUCUGUACUGACAGACUUCUCUCUACCUGUAUGGAUCAUAUAUGUAUGCUGGUAACGUUUGAUAUCAGACUUGUAAGAAUAGAAGUGAAAGUAUCUUG